AUGCGAAAGAAGGAGCGAUGGUUAGAAUCUUCUGAAGAGCUGGAGUACGUUGACCGAAUACCGCCCACAAUUGGAAAAUGGUCGAAGCCAAGAAACAGAUUCAACCCGUUCUUGGGUGUGGUCGACCCGUUUUCCCAGCACAGCAGUACUCUUCGACAUCGUCAGCUGCCCGUCACGGAGAUGUACAAUUACUCCCCACUACCAAAGGCGUACAGCGCUUUUAGAUUGCUCACAGUCAUGCCCGGACGGAAAACAGAUGACAUUAUCUGUAAGCUCCAAGUUGAGAACCUCGACAGCCUACCACUAUAUGAGGCCUUGUCCUAUUGCUGGGAUAAGGGCAACCCGGACCAUCUGAUUAUUUGUGAAGGUAAGAUCUUGAAAGUAGGAGCAAAUGUAUGGGAUGCUUUGUACAGGAUGCGUAGGCGACGGCAUCCAAGAUGUAUGUGGGUUGAUGCGAUUUGCAUCAACCAGGAAGACUUAGAAGAACGCGCAAGUCAAGUCAAACGGAUGAACAUCAUCUACCAAUCAGCCAAAUCCGUUGUUGUCUGGCUGGGAAACACAAACAGCCAUUUCGCCAUCCCAUUCGUCACAGUUGUCGUCCAAAGUUCGUGGAGAGCUCCGGGGGCCAAGCUUCUUGUCGAUCACGGUUUACAUCUGUUUGGGGACGUACCAGUUCAAAUUCCUCUUCAAACACAUUCGGGAGAAUUAAGGGCUUUUGCCUGGUGGACAGUCCAAGAAUUCUUCAAGUGUCCCUGGUUUCUGCGACUGUGGGUGGUACAAGAGGUGGUAGCUGCUAAAAAGGUAGAGGUGGUAUGGGGCCACGCGUCAAUGAGUUGGGCGGUAGUUGAACAUGCCUUGCACCUGAUGCGGGAGUACUCUCAAAGUAUGAGCUCAUCCAUCCCGAUGCAAGGUUAUGACCAGACGCACGCGAUGGUCUCACUCCGACAACCAUACAGAGGUAGGAGCUUGAUGGAUUUGAUGGAGAUAGGGCGUAUAUUUCAAGCCUCAGACGAUCGGGAUCGAGUUUUCGCCCUUUUAGGUAUGCAAGCAGGCGGCGCACGGACGGGAGCGGGCCCCAUAGAUAUCCAACCAGACUACCGCUCGACCAUCUCGGAGGUCUACAGGACCACCGCGCAGGAAAUCAUCAAAAGACGGAACGAUCUCGAGAUACUGGUCACUGUUCAACAUGGAGAAAAGGUGGAUCUUGAAACCCCUUCUUGGAUCCCUCAGUGGCAUUGUCAGUUCACGAGGACUCUUUCCAAAAACAACUCCUUUGGUUUGCGAAUGACUCGGUCGCCACCAGCCUGGAUGCCGGCUUCCGCAGACCUCGGCGUGGACCCCGACUUCAUCUUGCAGCAGUCUAUUCUGUACGCCGUAGGGCUGCGAUACGAUGAAAUAGUUGAAACAACGUCCACUAUGACGGCAGAGUUUUUUGAUUCCACGGAUGAGGCCACGGUGGCUGGUCACUGGUGGAAUGAAUCCGACACGCUCAAGAGAAUUGUUUUCGGCUAUGACUACCAUAUCCUAUUUGAUCUUCUCUUGUUGUCGUUCACACCCGGCACAAUUGGGGGCAUAGCAAUAUUUGAGGAGUUCUGGGACGAUGUCGUGUGCUCAUGGUAUCGGCCAUCACGAUUGCCCUUGAGGAAUUUUCUGAAACGUGUCCCAAAGGAGUGCAUCAAUAGGCGCAUUAUUCGAACGAAGAAUGGAGAUGUUGGAAUUGGUCCGGCUGCCACUGAAAUAGGUGACGUUGUGUGUGUUCUCUUUGGAGCUUCGAUGCCGCUCGUUCUGAGACCGAUAGAGAGCCAUUAUGUUCUCGUUGGGGAGUGCUUCAUGUUGUCACUGAUGUAUGGCGACUUGACAGCAGCUUGGAAAGAAGGUCAAGUUGCCUCAUAUAAGUUUGAGAUCCAUUGA